UGGACGAACGUGGGCUGAUUGAGUCAAGCGAGAGUCGCCGAGCCAAGCCUGUCCCUUUUAGACCAACAAACAGAGCCUCCGCCCAGCACCGAGAACAGGCGAGAGGAAUUUCACCCGCAUAAACGGGGGCUGCAGGAAUGACGGAUAAUAUUCCACUCCAGCCCGUGAGACACAAAAAAAGACACGACAAUAAAAACAAAAACGGAUGCUGCCCGUGGUCGAGAUGCUGCGGCAUGGGCGACUUCCGCCCGCGCACCGUGUGGCUGGGCCACCCGGAGAAGCGCGAGCAGCGCUACCCGAGGAAUGUCAUCAACAACCAGAAGUACAACUUCUUCACCUUCCUCCCCGGGGUGCUGUUUAAUCAGUUCAAGUACUUCUUCAACCUGUACUUUCUGCUCCUGGCCUGCUCCCAGUUUGUGCCAGAGCUCAGGCUUGGAGCCCUCUACACCUAUUGGGUUCCCUUGGGUUUUGUUCUGAUCAUCACUAUCAUGCGGGAGGCGGUUGAAGAGAUGCGAUGUUUUCUUCGGGACAAGGAGGUGAACUCGCAGAUCUACAGCAAGCUUUCAACCAGAGGGACAGUGAAAGUGAAAAGCAGCGGAAUUCAAGUGGGGGACCUUAUCAUCGUUGAAAAGAACCAGCGUGUCCCAGCCGACAUGAUCUUCCUGCGCACCUCUGAAAGAAACGGGUCCUGCUUCCUCCGGACCGACCAGCUGGACGGCGAGACGGACUGGAAACUGCGUCUGCCUGUGGCCUGCACCCAGAGGCUGCCCACUGCUGCGGACCUUCUCCAGAUCCGCUCGUAUGUGUACGCGGAGGAGCCGAACAUCGACAUCCACAACUUCAUCGGGACUUUCACCCGGGAGGAUGGGGAUCCUCCAGUCAAUGAAAGCCUGAGUAUUGAGAACACCCUGUGGGCCAGCACCGUCAUCGCUUCAGGUACUGUGAUAGGGGUGGUGAUUUACACUGGCAAGGAGCUACGCAGUGUCAUGAACACCUCCAACCCGAAGCACAAGGUGGGCCUGUUUGACCUGGAAGUGAACUGCCUGACUAAGAUCCUGUUCGGGGCGCUGGUGGUGGUGUCCCUCGUCAUGGUGGCACUGCAGCACUUUGCGGGGCGCUGGUACCUCCAGAUAUUCCGCUUCCUGCUUCUCUUCUCCAACAUCGUUCCCAUCAGCCUGCGUGUGAACCUGGACAUGGGCAAGAUGGUUUUCAGCUGGAUGAUCCGGAAGGACUCCAAGAUCCCUGGGACCGUGGUCCGGGCCAGCACCAUCCCUGAGCAGCUGGGUCGGAUCUCCUACCUUCUGACAGACAAGACAGGCACUCUCACGCAGAACGAGAUGGUCUUCAGACGUCUCCACCUGGGCACUGUGGCCUACGGCAUGGACUCCAUGGACGAGGUGCAAAGCCAUGUCUUCAGCGCCUACACUCAGCCCUCCCACGACCUCCCAGCCUCCAGAGCUCCGCCCACCACCAAGGUGCGCAAGACCAUCAGCAGCCGUGUGCACGAGGCGGUCAAGGCCAUCGCGCUGGUGCACAAUGUGACGCCCGUCUACGAGUCCAACGGCGUAACCGACCAGGCUGAGGCGGAGCAGCACUACGAGGAUGCCUGCCGUGUCUACCAGGCGUCGAGCCCGGAUGAGGUGUCGCUGGUGCAGUGGACUGAGAGUGUGGGGCUGACACUAGUCGGCAGGGACCAGUCCUCCAUGCAGCUGAGGACCCCUAGUGGACAGAUUCUGAACUUCACCAUCUUGCAGAUUUUCCCUUUCACCUAUGAGAGCAAACGCAUGGGGAUCAUUGUCCGGGAUGAAUCCACUGGAGAAAUCACUUUCUACAUGAAGGGUGCUGAUGUGGUCAUGGCAGGCAUAGUCCAGUACAAUGAUUGGCUGGAAGAGGAGUGUGGAAAUAUGGCCAGGGAAGGUCUAAGAGUCCUUGUGGUCUCUAAGAAGUCCUUAACGGAAGAACAGUACCAGGAUUUUGAGGCCCGAUACGUCCAGGCCAAACUGAGCGUCCACGACCGCUCGCUGAAGGUUGCCACGGUGAUUGAGAGUUUGGAGAUGGAGAUGGAGCUGUUGUGUCUGACCGGGGUGGAGGACCAGCUGCAGGCCGACGUGAGACCGACUCUGGAAAUCCUCCGCAACGCGGGCAUCAAGGUGUGGAUGCUGACGGGGGACAAGCUGGAAACGGCCACAUGCACGGCCAAGAACGCGCACCUGGUGACUCGCAGUCAGGACAUCCACGUCUUCAGACCUGUGACCACGCGAGGAGAGGCCCACCUGGAGCUGAACGCCUUCAGGAGAAAGCACGACUGUGCGCUGGUGAUAUCGGGGGACUCGUUGGAGGUGUGCCUGAAGUUCUACGAGUAUGAGUUCAUGGAGCUGGCCUGCCAGUGCCCUGCAGUGGUGUGCUGCCGCUGCGCUCCCACGCAGAAGGCCCAGAUCGUCCGGCUGCUGCAGGAGCGCACGGGCAAGCUCACCUGCGCUGUCGGGGACGGAGGAAAUGAUGUCAGCAUGAUCCAGGAAGCGGACUGUGGCGUGGGAGUGGAGGGAAAAGAAGGGAAGCAGGCCUCUCUGGCCGCCGAUUUCUCCGUGACUCAGUUCAAGCACUUGGGCCGGCUGCUGAUGGUCCACGGGCGGAACAGCUACAAGCGGUCGGCCGCCCUCAGCCAGUUCGUCAUCCACAGGAGCCUGUGCAUCAGCACCAUGCAGGCCGUCUUCUCCUCGGUGUUCUACUUCGCCUCCGUGCCACUCUAUCAAGGAUUCCUCAUUAUCGGUUACUCCACCCUCUACACAAUGUUCCCCGUCUUCUCCCUGGUCCUGGACAAGGAUGUCAAGUCGGAAGUGGCCAUGCUGUAUCCUGAGCUUUACAAGGAUCUCCUGAAGGGUCGGCCUUUGUCCUUCAAGACAUUUCUGAUAUGGGUGCUGAUAAGUAUUUACCAAGGCAGUAUCAUCAUGUACGGGGCCCUGCUGCUGUUCGAGUCGGAGUUCGUGCACAUCGUGGCCAUCUCGUUCACAUCGCUCAUCCUGACCGAGCUGCUGAUGGUGGCCCUGACCGUGCAGACCUGGCACUGGCUGAUGAUAGUGGCCGGGCUGCUCAGCCUGGCCUGCUACAUCGCCUCGCUUGUCUUCCUGCACGAGUUCAUUGAUGUGUACUUCAUCGCCACGCUGUCAUUCCUGUGGAAGGUGACGGCCAUCACCCUGGUCAGCUGCCUGCCGCUGUACAUACUCAAGUACCUCCGCCGAAGGUUCUCCCCGCCCAACUACUCCAAGCUGACCUCCUAAAGCUGCAGUCACCUGUCCACCUGUCCACCUGUCACACCCCUCUCCAGCCCUUGCCACAGCCGCCGUCUCCGACCAGGAGGCGGGGGGUUUCAGCCCGAGCCCGCGCUCGGACCGCAAAACCCGACACCCCGCUUUCGGCGAUCGCCCCUCCCCUUUUUUUUAACCAAUCAGAACUCUGGGUGAGAAAAGUCCCCGUGGAGAGAAUUCGCUACGUUGUGCACGCCGCCUGUCUACGUCCCUGAGGUCAUUUGUGCGAUUUUAGAAGCGUUUCUUGAGUGUGCUGGGGUGUUUCUUUGAGUGUUUGGUCUUGGUUUUGGUUGGAGAGGGUUGAGCGAGCUUAACUGUGUGUCUGUCAGUGACGCCACACCAUAUAGCGCCAAAAUGCAGUCUGUCUGCUGUACUCAUAGCCUUGCCAAAACCCGUGAAUAAGGAUCACCACUUUAUGUUACAGGGAAAAAAAGUGAACUAUAUUUGAUAGCCUAGUACCUUGGGGCAUAUUCAUUUGUACAAUACAUAGGAAUACACUGGGCAGAAAUAUACAGAUUUCUCAGGCUGCACUGAUGUCAUUUAGUCUGCUGUAUUAGAAACACUUUGACAACAUCGCACCUCAUAGCAGUAGGAAAGUGAAAAAGGGCGCUUUGCGUACCUCAUUACAGUACAUUAUUGAAUUGUUUUAUGCGUUUCUGGCCAUUUUUGUCCUUUUGCAUUAUGGGAGGACUAUCUGGUGACUCAUUGUUAGCGGUAAGAUAUCUCAGACUUGGCUUCUGAAGGUUUUGGUAUUUAUUCACAAGGCCCCAAGGUUAUUUAAGAAUGGAAAUUGGGCCUCGUUGACCCCCACCAACAUUUAUCAUUCUGUAUAUGCUUGUCAGUCAGUAUGCACUGGAAUUAGUCAUUGACUCUGAAUGUCUUGUGGUUUUGAGAAAUAUUUAUUGUUAGCGAACAUGCACAUAGUUGUAGUACCAUUUUGCACAGUGGGAAUGGUGGUCACAUACACUGGAAUUGAUGAAAUUGCCAGAUACCUUUUAUUGAGAGAUUUUUACGUGGACUUGACUUAAUCAGAAUUAGAAUAUUGUGUCCUUUGCAACUAUUACUGGAAGUGUUUGACUUUUUUGCAGGUGAGCUUAAGACUUGCUUUUGCGAAAGCACAGAUGAGUUUCAAAAUGAAAAACUAGAGGACAGGUACUGCUUUGUACAUUGUGUGUAUGUGUGGGUGUGUUUGCAUGAAUUG